CCACAGACCCCGACAAAAAGCAGAUGCUGGAGCGCGUGCAGCUCGCCGUGCAGCUCGCUGCUGCGCCGCUGGAGGAAGCUAUGAGGUCCAACCUGGCGGCUGAGGACAUCGCCCGCCGAGCACAGGAACUCCUAUCAUGUAUGUAAAUACAGUGAACCCCAGGGCACCCACAACACAGGAGGUCGCUUUCUCGAUUCUUUUGUCGCCCCCACACUGUCCCACCUGAUUAAUUUGAAGUGAAUCCCACACACCGUGUCAUCUGCCUGCUCCAGCGUGUACCCGCCAAGCCACAGCCCCUGGGACCCCCUGAAGUGCAUCGCCCAGUUUGAGCAAGACGGGGUUCUGCACACCCUGCAGCGGGAGACCAUGACCCGCCGGACACGCUUCGUGGGCAGCCCGGGGCCCAGGUGCCAGGGACCUGGCCCAGACCUGCGGCUCCGCAAGGCCAGCGACCAGCCCUCUGGCCACAGCCAGGUCACUGAGAGCAGUGGCUCCACGCCCGAGUCCUGCCCAGAGCUCUUGGAGGAGGACGAGGAUGGUGACUUUGUGCCCGGCGGGAAUGCGUGCGUCUCCCAGCUUUGUCUCCACACCUGCAGUGAACCCCCAGCUCCCAGGCAGGGCUCCAAGUUUGGGGUGAAGCAGCAGUACAAGCACAGCAAGCAGCUGCCGGUUCCUUCCCCGAGUUUGGAAUUUGGGGGGCGGUGGGUUGUUGGAGGGGGUUUAGUGGAGUAGGGGCUGGAGUCCCCUGUUGAGGUGCCAAGCCUGUUUCCUGUUCACUCCCUGGAAGGAAGGGUCUCCUUCCUCUGGAAGAACAGUCUCCUGGCCAUCCCUCACCUUCCCCACCACCCCACUUACCAGCGUCCCUCCCUCCCGGAAGCAGCUACAACAUGUGCUCUGAGGGGAGAAGGAGGACAGUGGCGGAGCUCGCGGCUGGCUCCCUGAGCUGAGGUCCAAGCCCUGUGACACCUUCUGUGUAUGUGCCUGGGGUCUACAGGGUAGUGGCAGUGUGCUCAUGCCCAGGGUGGGGGUGGGGGAGCUGUAGGGGUCCCGAGCCCCAGGAGCUCCUUCCUUUGCCUUCGCCUUGGGGGCCAGUGCCCAGUCGGGGGCCAGUGCCCUGUCAGGGCUCUCUUGGAGGGAGAGUGGGGUGCGAGGUGAGGGAUGGAUCUCUGAUAUCCUACCUUUCUCCAUCCCCUGGAAAC